AUGCCCAGCCUACCUUCGUCGGUCGACCUGGACGAGUGCAUCUCGCGGCUGUACAAAAAAGAACUCCUCGCCGAGCCCGUCAUCGAGGCCAUUUGCGCCAAGACGAAAGAGCUGCUGAUGCGAGAGAGCAACGUUGUCCACGUGCGAGCGCCAGUCACUGUCGUCGGCGAUAUUCACGGCCAGUUCUAUGACUUGAUCGAGAUCUUCAAGAUCGGAGGCUGGUGCCCAGAUACAAACUACCUUUUCCUAGGAGACUACGUCGACCGAGGCAUGUUCAGCGUUGAAACCAUCUCUCUCCUAGUUUGCUUGAAACUUCGAUACCCCGAUCGCGUUCACCUGAUUCGAGGGAACCACGAAUCCCGUGGCGUCACACAGUCCUACGGCUUUUACACAGAGUGCUCUAGAAAAUACGGCAACGCCAACGUCUGGCAUUACUUUACCGACAUGUUCGACUUCCUGACCUUGAGCGUCGUCAUCAACAAUGACAUUUUUUGCGUCCACGGAGACCAAAUCGUCGUCAUCGACCGCUUCCGCGAGAUUCCCCACGAAGGCCCCAUGGCCGACCUCGUCUGGUCCGACCCGGACCCCGACCGCGACGAGUUCUCCCUGUCGCCGCGCGGCGCCGGCUACACCUUUGGCGCGCAGGUCGUCAAGAAGUUCCUCGCCGUCAACAACAUGAGCCACAUCCUGCGCGCCCACCAGCUGUGCCAGGAGGGCUUCCAGGUGCUGUACGACGACAGGCUCAGCACCGUCUGGAGCGCCCCCAACUACUGCUACCGCUGCGGCAACAUGGCGAGCGUGCUCGAGGUCAGCGACACGGGCGAGCGCUUCUUCAACGUCUUUGCCGCCGCACCCGAGAAUGACCAGGUCAAGGACAUGCAGCAGAACGGGCCGGAGAAGCUGGCGGACGGCACGGGCCUGCCGGAUUACUUUUUGUGA